AUGUCUUCCACUGACUUUUCCAAGAUCGAAACCUUGAAGGAAUUGAACACCUUCUUGGCUGACAAGUCCUACGUCGAAGGUACUUCCGCUACCCAAGCCGACGUUGCUUACUACAAGGCCUUCCAGCAACUUUACCCAGACUUUGCCAGAUGGUUCAACCACAUUGGCGCCAAGUCUGCCCAGUUCUCCUCUUUGCCAGCUGCCUCUGGUAAGGUUGCCGCUGCCCCAGCCGCCGAAGAAGAUGACGACGACGAAGUCGACUUGUUCGGUUCCGACGACGACGAAGUUGACGACGAGGCUGAGAAAUUGAAGGCCAAAAGAUUGGCUGAGUACAACGCCAAGAAGACUAGCUCCAAGCCUAAGCCUGCUGCCAAGUCUAUUGUCACCAUGGACGUCAAGCCUUGGGAUGAUGAAACCGACUUGGACCAAAUGGUCGCCAAUGUCAAGUCCAUCGAAAUGGACGGUCUAAACUGGGGUGCCCACCAAUGGAUUCCAAUUGGUUUCGGUAUCAAGAAGUUGCAAAUCAACUUGGUUGUCGAAGACGCUAAGGUCUCUUUGGAGGACUUGCAAGUGGCCAUCGAAGAGGACGAAGACCACGUUCAAUCUACCGAUGUCGCUGCUAUGCAAAAGUUGUAA